AUGGCUGCUGAAAACGUUACUCUCGGCCCUCAAGCUAGAGGCUCCAGCGAAGUGUUUGGUGUUGCGCACAUCUAUGCUUCCACCAACGAUACCUUUGUUCACGUUACCGAUCUUUCAGGAAGAGAAACCAUCGCCAGAGCUACUGGUGGUAUGAAAGUCAAAGCCGACAGAGACGAGUCCUCCCCAUACGCUGCCAUGUUGGCUGCUCAAGACGUUGCUGUGAAAUGCAGAGAGGUCGGAAUCACUGCUGUCCACGUCAAAAUGAGAGCCACCGGUGGUACCAGAAGCAAAACCCCAGGUCCAGGUGGACAAUCUGCUCUCAGAGCUCUGGCCAGAUCUGGACUGAAGAUUGGCAGAAUCGAAGAUGUGACUCCUAUUCCAUCCGACUCCACCAGAAAGAAGGGUGGUAGAAGAGGUAGAAGAUUGUAA